AUGAACAAGUUUGACAGAAACAUUUGUCAUGCAGGAUUUGAUGAGAAUAAUUCCGACCACUUGGAGCGCUAUAAAUCGUUUGUCAGAUAUGUGGUGAGUGGUGAUUGGGAUAAGGCAAAGGAGUGUCUUGGAGAAGUAGAUGUCCGUAGUGUGGUAGUAAGAGCAGUAGAUGGAUUGGAAGGAGCGAUAACUCUUCAUGUAGCAGCCUGGGAAGGGCACGCGCAUAUGGUGAAAGAUUUGGUGCAUUUGAUGACACAAGAAGAUUUGAAAACAAAAACCGAUUCUGGUCAUCACACAGCUCUUCAUAUGGCAGCACAGAAGGGGCAUGUACAUGUUGUGAAAGAGUUGCCGGUGCUGUUGAUGGGGGAAGUACAAGACAUGGAUGGUGACACAGCUCUUCAUUUAGCAGUCCAGGAUGGGAAGGUCGAUGUUGUGAAAGAGCUGGUGCUGUUGAUGAGACAAGAAGACUUGAAAAUAAAGAACGAUGCUGGCUACACAGCUCUUCACCUAGCAGUGAAUAAGGGGGAUAUGCCUAUGGUCAAAGAGUUCGUGACAAAAGAAAAAGUAACAGCAGUAGAUCCAACAGACGACUACGGAUACACUGCUCUUCACGUAGCCGCCCGGGAAGGGCAUCUGGAUGUUAUCAGAGGAUUGGUGUCGUUGCUGAAAACGAGACAAGAAGAUCAUCUGGAAUUGAAAACCGCUGAAGAUUUCACGACUUUUGGUUCUGCUAUAAGUUUAGGGGUCAGUGAAGAAAUCCUCAUGGAAAAGGCCAAAUACAUGGUUGAACAGUACGAGAACACACUGGGUAGUAUUUUGGAGAUACAAAACGCUAAUGGUUCUACAGCUCUUCACUCAGCAGUACUGACGGGGAAAGUGGAUAUUGUUAAAGAGUUGGUGCCGUUUAUGAGAAAAGAAGGUCUAGAAAUACAAGACGCGGAUGGAUGCACACCUCUGAACUGUGCACUGUUAUAUGGGAAUGUGGAUAUUGCCAAGGAGUAG